CUACCGUCAAACCAAGUCAUCGCUACCACCACCACGACGUAAGAGUGUCUCGACGAUGGUAUGGUGUGGCAGGGCAGCGGGUUAUGGCGGCUGUCGAGCAGCGGUUCGCAUUUUCCUCCCUCUCCUCAUCCUCAUCUCCGGGUGCUCCGAUCCUGUGUUGGCGAGGCGAUAAGAAGACGAGAAGGGUAAAGACAUUCAAGUGGUCAUACAAAAAUGCAAGGUCUAAGAAGGAAAAGAAAAUCGACCACAUCAAGGAUAAAAUUGAGGUCCCCAGGUCCACCCCUUGGACUCUCCCUUUUAAUCUCAUUUGAAAUUCUACAAAAUUAUCGAUUACUCUGUUAGACUUUUGCUUAUGUUUGCGAUUUUCAGAUGAAAAUCCCUCUGGUUCUACGUUGUACUUUGUGAUGAUAAGAGAAUUGUAUAUACAUUUUAUUAAUUUAAAAACCA